GAAAGAUUUUUUGUUCAUUUGAUUUGAAUCAAUAAACCGAGAGAAAAAAAAAUGGGUAAGGAAAAGACUCAUAUUAACAUUGUCGUUAUCGGUCAUGUCGAUUCCGGUAAAUCUACCACCACCGGUCACUUGAUCUACAAGUGCGGCGGCAUUGACAAGCGUACCAUCGAGAAAUUCGAGAAGGAGGCCCAAGAAAUGGGCAAGGGUUCCUUCAAGUACGCCUGGGUUUUGGACAAAUUGAAGGCUGAACGUGAACGUGGUAUCACCAUCGAUAUUGCUUUGUGGAAAUUCGAGACUGCCAAGUACUACGUUACCAUCAUUGAUGCCCCGGGCCAUCGUGAUUUCAUCAAGAACAUGAUUACCGGAACAUCGCAAGCUGAUUGCGCUGUCUUGAUUGUUGCUGCUGGUACUGGUGAAUUCGAAGCCGGUAUCUCCAAGAACGGUCAAACUCGUGAACACGCCUUGUUGGCUUUCACCUUGGGUGUCAAGCAAUUGAUUGUCGGCGUCAACAAGAUGGAUUCUACCGAGCCCCCAUACAGCGAAGCUCGUUUCGAGGAAAUCAAGAAGGAAGUCUCCUCGUACAUCAAGAAGAUCGGUUACAACCCAGCUGGCGUCGCUUUCGUCCCCAUUUCCGGCUGGCACGGCGACAACAUGUUGGAAGCCUCCGACAAGAUGCCCUGGUUCAAGGGAUGGGCCGUCGAACGCAAAGAAGGCAAGGCUGAUGGCAAAUGCUUGAUCGAAGCCUUGGAUGCCAUCCUCCCGCCCCAACGCCCAACCGACAAACCCUUGCGUUUGCCCUUGCAAGAUGUCUACAAAAUCGGCGGUAUUGGCACAGUACCCGUGGGUCGUGUCGAAACUGGUGUCUUGAAGCCCGGCAUGGUUGUCGUCUUUGCUCCAGUUAAUUUGACCACUGAAGUCAAAUCCGUUGAAAUGCAUCACGAAGCUUUGCAAGAAGCUGUUCCCGGCGACAACGUUGGUUUCAACGUCAAGAACGUCUCCGUCAAGGAAUUGCGUCGUGGUUACGUUGCCGGUGACUCGAAAGUCGCUCCUCCCAAGGGUGCUGCUGACUUCACGGCUCAAGUCAUUGUCUUGAACCACCCCGGUCAAAUUGCCAACGGUUACACUCCCGUCUUGGAUUGUCACACCGCCCACAUCGCCUGCAAAUUCUCCGAGAUCAAGGAGAAGUGCGAUCGUCGUACCGGCAAAACCACCGAGGAGAACCCCAAGAGCAUCAAGUCUGGCGACGCUGCGAUCGUCAUCUUGGUCCCAUCCAAGCCGUUGUGCGUCGAAUCUUUCCAAGAGUUCCCCCCAUUGGGUCGCUUUGCUGUACGUGACAUGCGUCAAACGGUCGCCGUUGGCGUCAUCAAGUCCGUCAACUUCAAGGAAGCGUCCUCGGGCAAAGUAACGAAAGCCGCAGAAAAGGCCCAAAAGAAAAAAUAACUAGAGAGUUCGUGCACCUACAACAAUAAUAAUUAUCAAAAACUACUGAUUACACGCAAAAAUUCUAUCAAUUCCCAAGAAACAAGUACCAUCAACGCAUAUAAAGCUGAUUUUAUUGGUAACCGCAACUGUUCAUUCGCAGGCGACGGCGACCUGACUUCGCCCGUGACCAUGUUCGAUUAUUCGUCGUAUUUAUUUCCGCAUCGCAAGGCAUUCAGGAGGAAAGAGAACGAGUCUCUCACGAUUCCCGCUCAACUUUCACCCAUAAUCGCCAUUCUCAUCAUCUCCCAAGUCAUCAACUUGUCUCUUUCUUCCCUCUUUCUCACUAGCUUAGUUGCCACUAAUGACUUCCCCAUCCAGUCAUGAUACUACGAUUUUCGUUUCAAACUAAUAAAAUUCAUUUAAAACCAAAAAACAAACUUUUGUACCAAUAAAACACACAAAAAAAACGUUGAAGAAGUAAUCUCAUGUGAAUGCAUUUAAUGAAAAAUAAAAAAAAACGUGCAAUAUCUGAUUAUUUUUUCUAUUUUAUUUAAAAAAAAAGUUGAGAAUAAUUUUUGUGAUAAAACGAAAAAUCGUCGUUAAGUUUUCUUUGUUACUAAUAUUAUUAAAUUAGCUCAUUUUGCCAAUGAACAAAAAAAAACACAAGUUACAUUCAGGGAAUUUCAGAGAACAGCCCUCCGACGAUGAACUGUAAUUUUAAUAGGAAUUACCAACAAAAGCAGCUUAUUUAUAUGUGCGACCACACAAACACACAAAACAAAUAUUUGCGCAAAUUUCAUGAUAUUAUAAAUUAUUAUUAUUAAUAUCCGUACUCUUAAUAACUUACUAAAAUAUUUAAACCAACAACAACAAAAAUAAAUAAUGUCAACGUAAUGAUUGGAAAUAUUUAAUGUAUCAGUAAUUAUUAUAACCAAAAAUAAAAAAAAUAAAUAAAAAU